AUGGCUCAGUGGUUAGAACGCGAACUUACUGACCGGAAGGUUCGUGGUUCGAACCCGACCUUUGCCUCUGGAAUUCCCCUGUCUAAGCUUAGGCGACCUAGCAGCAUUCCUGCACCCGUGCUUCUUUCUGGUGGCAUGGCGGUCNCUCCACUUUCCCUAUCGCGAGGCUUGGGCAAUCUGGCAGUAUCCCAGCCCUCGUGCUUCCUUCCGAUGGCAUGGCGGUCAGGCACCGAAAGGGUGGUACAGCUGAACUAUCUCUACGUAAAACGGAACAGAACUGUGAUGGUACGGACAAAAAACAUCGCGGUUGGGAUACUUCCGACUGGGACACAAACGAGCAAACGAGCACAGAUGACACAAGUUAUGAACCGUCUGAUGGAAGCAGUAUCCUGCUCAACUCUGCUCUGGACUGAAGUUGGGAUACUUCCGACUGGGACACAAACGAGCAAACGAGCACAGAUGACACAAGUUAUGAACCGUCUGAUGGAAGCAGUAUCCUGCUCAACUCUGUCCGCUCUGGACUUACUGAUGAAGUUCACCGAUUCGCUGCAGCAAUCCACUGACUCGCCUCGGCCAUACAAACCACCUGGUCUAUCCGACUGGGGCGACCCUCUGUGUUGUCCCGCUAAAACGGAGUGCAAGCGAAUCUGA